UACAAUAAUGUGUAAAGAGACAGCUUACAUUCACGCUUCCGACAUGGCGGCGGGAGAAGGUAACCAAAGUCAGGGCGGAGAAAUCUCGUCAAGACAACCGCAUUUAGCCAAGCAAGAUGUCGCCAAUUUGGAUGUGACCAAACUCAACGCCCUCACACCAGAGGUCAUCAGUAGACAGGCCACCAUCAACAUAGGAACCAUCGGUCAUGUGGCUCACGGCAAGUCUACUGUGGUGAAGGCCAUCUCAGGAGUACAGACUGUACGGUUCAAGAAUGAGUUAGAGAGAAACAUCACCAUCAAGUUAGGAUAUGCCAAUGCAAAGGUGUAUAAAUGUGAUGGCCCGACCUGCCCGCGCCCCGACUGUUACCGGUCCUGUGGCAGUUCUAAGGAGGACAACUUCCCCUGUGACAGGAUGGGCUGCAGUGGCAAGUUCUGUCUGCAGAGGCAUGUAUCAUUUGUGGACUGUCCCGGUCACGACAUCCUCAUGGCCACCAUGUUGAACGGAGCGGCAGUCAUGGACGCUGCGCUGCUGCUGAUCGCGGGGAACGAGUCAUGUCCGCAGCCGCAGACAUCGGAACAUCUGGCCGCUAUUGAGAUCAUGAAGCUGAAGCACAUCCUGAUCCUACAGAACAAGAUUGAUCUGGUGAAGGAGAGCCAGGCGAAGGAGCAGUACGAACAGAUCCUCAAGUUUGUACAAGGCACAGUUGCAGAGGGCGCUCCAGUGAUCCCCAUCUCUGCCCAGCUGAAGUACAACAUCGAGGUGAUCUGUGAAUACAUCUGUAAGAAGAUCCCCAUCCCUGUCAGGGACUUCACCUCCCAACCACGACUCAUCGUGAUCCGAUCCUUCGAUGUGAACAAGCCUGGCUGUGAGGUAGAAGACCUGAAGGGUGGAGUGGCCGGAGGAAGUAUUCUCAAGGGUGUUCUCAAGGUUGGGCAGGAGAUCGAGGUGCGGCCAGGUAUCGUGUCUAGGACCCGGGGGAAGCUGAUGUGUAAGCCCAUCUUCUCCAGGAUUGUCUCCCUAUUUGCUGAGCAGAAUGACCUGCAGUUUGCUGUGCCUGGAGGCCUGAUUGGUGUGGGCACUAAAAUCGACCCCACGCUGUGCCGUGCGGACAGGAUGGUGGGGCACGUGCUGGGCGAGGUCGGCGCUCUCCCGGACAUCUACACAGAAAUAGAAAUCUCCUACUUCCUCCUCAGGCGCCUGCUGGGAGUCCGGACGGAAGGCGACAAGAAGGGGGCAAAGGUCCAAAAGCUGUCGAAGAACGAGGUUCUGAUGGUGAACAUCGGGUCGUUGUCCACGGGGGGCAGGGUUCUGGCGGUGAAGGCUGAUUUAGCCAAAAUAGUUCUAACCAACCCGGUGUGUACAGAGAUAGGGGAGAAAAUCGCCUUGAGUAGAAGGGUGGAGAAACAUUGGAGGUUGAUUGGUUGGGGCCAGAUUAGAAGAGGUGUGACCAUCAAGCCGACAACACAGGAGGACUGACAGCUGUCAAUCAAUUGAUCAAUUACAACAACUGUGGGCCUGUAUGUGUCCCAUUGUACAGCCAUACUAAUAGAAUUGCUUGGUUUUGAUAUUUUUGCAUUGAAAACUGCUGCAGAAAGUAAGUUGGAAGAUGAAGGCAUACAGAAGCUUGAGUGUUGGUCAAGACCUAUAUUUCGAUCAUGAAAGUGUAAAUUUUCAACUGUACACUUUAAGCAAGAUAAAAAUGAUACUGAAUUGGGAUUUUUUCAGUCUGAAAUAAUUGAUUGAUACAUUUGGCUAACUGAGAUAACCAAGUAAUUAUAUUGGUAUGGUUGAUUAGGAUAAACAUGGUUUUGUAAUAACUGGUAAGUAUCACAAGCACCCCUAAAGAGCUGUGUAGUGUAUUACUACUACACAAAAAUGAGGCAUAUCUGAGCUUAUUUUUGUGAUGUUAACUCAACUGCCAUACUGGUGACCUUACAUACCUGUAACAGCUACAGUUAUGUUGUUCUAUGAACAGUUAUGUUAUUCUAUGAACUUACAUUUCAAACAAUCUGAACUUGCCCUUGUAGCUCUUUGUAAGAUGUGACAUGAUGUUGAACUUGACAUUUCCCAGAAGUCCUUUUCGAUUACUUUACCUCUCCUUCUGCAGAAGUACUGUAUAUCAUGAAAUAUUUUGUGGUAGUUUAUGUUUGCAGUUUUUACAGUAAGCUCAUCACACCAUCUAUCUACCUUGCCUGGUGUUACUUCUGUUGUUUUUGACUGUGAACAUAAAACACAGCAUAUCCCUCCCCCUGCCUACAGCAAUAUACAACUCCAGGAACUUAACUUGCAGUACAAUUUAGCCUUUUGGGAUGAAGUUUCUAUUAGCUAGAUUUCUGUCUCUUUCUCUCACUCAGAUACUGUACCAACAAUAAUUCUUAUUUUGUCAUCACAUUUAUUGAGUACCAGAAUAUUGAGUUUCAAGCUAUUCUGGACAAUCUAACUUUUGGUAUACCACUUUGUUUGACUACCUAUCUCUGUCACAUAUAUCUCAAUAAAUAUGUAAACCCUGUAUGGGCCUUUUCUGU